UAAGCUAAGCAGGCGAAGUACAACAAGUGUAUUCACAUCAGCGAGGCGACUAACCAAGCUAGUGUAAUAGAGUAGACUGUUGUUAAUAUCUAACUACACAGACUACACGAGGAUACACGGAUACUUUAAACCCGUUUGAGAUACCUAUCAAGCAAUAAGUAGCGGACGUUUCAAGUUUUUAUUCACAUAGCUGUAAGUCAUUGACGUUUAGCUUUUAAACACAGUGCAGCAAUGGUGACACAUCAAAUAGAAAAAUUCAUAACAUGAGAUUAUAUAGAAGUAACAGCUCACAGGCAUGAAGCUGUCCGAGUAUUUACCUAGACUAGGAAAAGAAACUCUUCAGGAGUUUGUUGAACGUUAUCUGGGUGUGACUUAUAAAGGUCGUAUGAACCGGACUAUUGAUCAUCUCCAACGUCACUUAGAGAACCUGCCAGGUUAUUCCAUAGCCGGUACUUUCAGGGGUGGAUCUAUGGCGAAAUGUACCGCUGUAAAAGCAACAUCAGAUAUUGAUCUUCUGGUAUUCUUCGAUGGAUACCGUAACAUGCAAGAAUUCAUUCAAGAUAAAGAAAAAGAGGACGGAAUAUUACAAGCCAUUGAAGGCCAUCUCACGACGGAUCCUGUAUAUUCCAAAAACUGGAAAUGCACAAGGAUUACUGAUUAUCACGUGACCUUGGAGAUGGUUGAAUACCCAAUACACGUAGACAUUUUACCGGCUAUACAAUUUCCGUUGGAAAAGCUUAAUGCAAUUUAUAAUCAAAUAAAGAGAGAGGCGAGGUCCGUUAGAGAACACUACUCGGUAUGUCUUGCCCAGAUACAAUGUAAUUUCAUGAGAAACCAACCAAGACAAGUGCAUCAUUUAGUUAAACUUCUGAAGUACUGGAAAUCGGAAAAUGAGAUCGAACUGAAGUCAUAUUUUUGUGAAUUAUUAGCGGUUCACAUCUUUAAAACAAAGUUUGGUAAAAAUCCUCGGUUUGAUUUGAAAGAAGGAUUCAUCCUGGCUCUGACUCAGCUUCAAAAUUACAAUUCAUUGGAAAUUACGUUUGAUGAUUAUUAUCGACCAGAUACUUGGAAGGAUCAGCGCCCUUGCAAACCAUACGUCAUGGACCCUGCAAACCCCUUUAUGAAUACUUGCAACCAAGACCUCGAUAGCAGUGCUAUGAACAAAAUGGUGACUUGUGCUACAUAUACCAUAUCAGCAGCUAUCUCAUAUCGGGGUUGUUAAUAAACAUAUCCCUUUAAAACCGAUAGUAUACAUUUUUCUCGGAUAAAUAUUGUCUCAUUUGUGAUUGGGUAAUAAAGUGGCCAUUUUGUCGAAUCUUGUGUUGCGGCAAUUAUAUAUUCUUACGCGGUUGCCACAUCUGAUCCACGAUAUCUUGUACGAAACUAUCACCCGGUUCACACUCAUUUUUUAUAUAUUUGUGUUCCCAUGUGAUCUAUUACACUUCCAAAUUAGGCAACAACAUGGCGACCAUGUCCGCUGUUGGACAGUUGAUCGCUAUUCAUAUACGGCUCCUGGGACAAGCUACGUUUUACUAGGAUUGUGAAAACUGCAGUUUUAUAGAACGGGUGGCCGAAUGGUGUAACACGUUUGCCUUAGCAUUGAGUGAAGUGUCGUGGUUUCGAUUGCCCGUUUGUCUAAUCUCGUGAGUUUCCUCAGGGUCUUGUAUUCCGCCCUCACCACUAUGCACAAGCGAAUUAUUGAAAUAAAUUUGUUUUAAGAUUGAGACUCUACAUGCUACCUAUAUAUAACACAAAGACGUGAAAGAGUUAGUAAAUUUACCCCCUUUUUGGAUGACCUUUAGCGUGAAUAAACUUGAAUACCAUGCUAUUUAAGCUCAUUACGUCAGCUUUGUACCCAUGGCAAUAUGAUCCUUUUAAGUUAAGUAUACUAUUAAAUGCAUACCUCAUUGUAAUUUUAUAUCAACGGUCGUGAUUCAUAUUAAUAUAUAUUAUGUUAAAUGGCUGUAUUAUGAAUGUUAAAAAUAUAGAGAUUAUUUUUUUAUCUUACGGUUUGCUCAAAAGCAUUUUCUAUAUAUUAAAGAAAAUAGUUCGGGUACGUAUCUGCUAUAGACAAUAGACUGCGAAGACUAAAGACCCAACUUACAAAUGACGAAAAGACACCAAUUCAAUAUUUGGAUGCAUAGGACACUUGUUAAAAUUGGGAUGAACUACUGUAUUAUUUAUGGGGUACUAGUGCUACAUGUAUAUUAAUAUCAUACAAAUUGAUACAAUAGACAAUAAAUAGAACCAGUGUUUUGUAAAUAUUAUUAUAUUUGGACUACUCUUUUGACUGCCAGUGCUUUGGAAAUAUUAUAUCUUGUUUUGUUACAUAUUUUAUACAAUUUCUAUAUAAAUUAUUUUUUCUUUCU